CGCGUGUAUUGGAGGGGCUGCUUUCGGUGACAGAGCGAUCCACAAAUUCACAUCCUCCACCAACGUCCCACAACCACACGAAUAAGAACAAAGGGCAAAACUCACGACAACGAGGUAGAGCCAUGUCUUCUUUACACGUAGAUACAGAGGAUGAAGCUGAUGUUGUUGGUAGAGCAUUGAUUGGAAUUGUGGACAUUGGUUCCAACGGAAUCAGGUUCAGUAUCUCGUCCAAGGCUCCCCACCACGCGAGAACUAUGCCAUGUGUUUUCAAAGAUCGUGUGGGAAUAUCGUUAUUCGAUGCCCAGUAUGCUGAGAACUCAAAGGAUAAGCGUCCUAUACCGACACAGGUCAUCAACGAGGUUUGUGCAGCAAUGAAAAGAUUCAGAUUAAUCUGUGAAGAUUUCGGUGUACAGGAGAGCGGUGUUAGAAUCGUCGCCACGGAGGCAACAAGAGAAGCUGUGAACUCCCAGGAGUUUAGAGACGCUAUAUAUGACACCACUGGGUGGGAAGUGGAACUCUUGAACAAAGAAGACGAGGGGAGAAUAGGCUCAUACGGUGUGGCUUCAUCAUUUGAUACAAUCUCGGGUUUGUUCAUGGACCUAGGAGGAGGCUCAACACAAAUUUCCUGGAUACAAUGUAUCAAUGGCGAAAUCAAGAUAAGCUCAAACCCAGUCUCCUUACCAUAUGGAGCUGCUGCUUUGACUAGAAGACUACAAUUUGAAGACAAAAAGGACCUGUAUUUUGAAAUUCAAAACGCAUACAGAGAGGCGUUUAAGAAGAUUGAUGUGCCACAACAACUGCUCGAAGAAGCUGAAAGAAAUGGUGGAUUCGAACUCUACUCAUGUGGUGGUGGACUAAGAGGUCUCGGGUAUGCCUUACUCUCUGAUAUCAAAGAUUACCCAAUCCCAACGAUUAUCAAUGGAUUCUCCUGUUCUUUCAACGAUUUCAUCAACGUUUCCAACUUCCUCUUUCUGAAAGACGGUCUACCCCAGAAGGACAUCUUCAGGGUCAGUGACCGCAGAAGAUCACAGCUUCCAGCUGUUGGACUUCUCGUUUCAGCGGCAUGUGACUCUUUACCAAAGAUUAAAACUGUUCAUUUCUCUGAAGGUGGUGUUAGGGAAGGUGUUCUAUAUUCUAUGUUACCACGUGAGAUCAGAGCCCAGGAUCCUUUGAUCAUUGCUUCAAGACCUUAUGCCCCUCUGCUUGCAGAUAAGUAUCUGGAACUCUUGAGAACUGCACUUCCUGAGAAAUAUGUUCCAAGAGAAGUACGUGAAAGAAUCGCACCAGCGCUAUGUAACCUUGCGUUUGUCCAUUGUUCUUAUCCAAAGGAACUACAACCAACAGCUGCACUCCAUGUUGCUACGACUGGUAUCAUUGCUGGAUCACAUGGAUUAUCACACAGAACAAGGGCACUUAUCGGGAUUGCCCUGUGCGAUCGUUGGGGUGGUGAUCUCCCGGAUAGCGAGGAGAGACAUAAAACUGCUCUCUGUGACUUGGUUAAACGUGAUGGAAGCAGAGUUGAGAUGGAACGUAUCGUUUGGUGGACUAAAUACUGUGGCACCUUGAUGUAUGUCAUUUGCGGUGUUCACCCUGGGGGUAACAUCAGAGAUGGUGUAUUCAACUUCAAGAUCGUCAAUGGUGAUAUGGAAGUUAAGAAUGAGGAUGAUAAGCGCAAGUUCGACGUUAUUGUCCAACUGUCAAAUGAUGAUAUCAAGACAAGUGCCUCUGUUCGAGGAAGAAUUCUCACUCUACAAAAGAAGAUUCGUAAAUUAUCAAGAGGCAGUUCUGAAAAGGUCAAGAUAGGCGUGGAAGUUUAUGACCAUUGUUGAAAUGGAUGCUUAUAACAAUACCCAAGGGGGAGAGGGCCUUUUAUUUCUUUUGUUGGCCUACCACUACACGUCUUAAUAAAUUUGUUUAUCAUCUACCAUUCC